GCAGCCAAUGCUGGGACAGGGUUUGCAGUGGCAGAGCCUCAAAUUGCCAUGUUCUGUGGGAAGCUAAAUAUGCAUGUGAAUAUCCAGACUGGAAAAUGGGAACCUGACACUUCUGGGACCAAGAGCUGCUUUGGAAGAAAGGAAGAGAUUCUGCAGUACUGCCAGGAGAUGUACCCAGACCUUCAGAUUACAAACGUGGUGGAAGCGAAUCAGCCCGUCAGCAUCGACAGCUGGUGCAAGAGGGGGAAGAAGCAGUGCAAGGACCACACUCACAUUGUGGUGCCCUACAAGUGCCUGGUGGGGGAGUUUGUGAGCGAUGUCCUGCUGGUGCCGGAGAAGUGCCGGUUCUUCCACAAGGAGAGGAUGGAUGUGUGUGAAAGCCACCAGCACUGGCACACUGUGGCUAAAGAGGCCUGUCUGACAGAAGGGAUGAUCCUGCACAGUUAUGGGAUGCUGCUGCCCUGUGGAGUAGACCAGUUCCAUGGAACAGAAUAUGUCUGUUGUCCUCAGACAAAGGUUGUGGAUGAGGCUCUGUCUAAAGAGGAAGAGGAUGAAGAUGAGGAUGAAGACUAUGAAGAAGAGGAUGAAGAUGAGGAUGAAGACUAUGAAGUUUAUAAAAGUGAGUUCCCUACAGAGGCAGGAGUAGAAGACUUCACAGGAACAGCUGUGGAGGAGGAAGAUGAGGAUGAGGAAGACGAAGGCGAGGAGGAGGAGGAGGACGUGGUGGAAGAUCGUGAUUACUAUUAUGACAGCUACAAAACUGAUGAUUACAAUGAAGAGACCCCCACAGAGCCCAGCAAUGAAAAGGCUGCUCCUGAAAAAGAAGUCAGCAGUGACAUGAAAUCUGUCUGCUCCCAGGAGGCCCUGACAGGGCCCUGCCGGGCUGUGAUGCCUCGUUGGUACUUCGACCCUAACAAGAGAAAAUGCAUUCGCUUUAUAUAUGGAGGCUGCGGAGGCAACAGGAACAAUUUUGAGUCAGAGGAGUAUUGUAUGGCUGUGUGUAAAAAGAUGAGUAAGUCCUGCCUCCCACUGGCCCCUUUGCAGCUGGCCUCUGUCUUGCCAACUGAUGAUGUGGAUGUCUACUUUGAAACCCCAGCCGAUGACAACGAGCACGCCCGCUUCCAGAAGGCCAAGGAGCAGCUGGAAGUCAGACACCACAACCGCAUGGACCGGGUGAAAAAGGAAUGGAAGGAAGCAGAACACCAAGCUGUAAAUCUCCCCAAGGCAGAAAGGCAGACCCUCAUUCAGCACUUCGAGGCCAUGGUUAAAUCUCUGGAGAAAGAGGCAGCAAGUGAGAAGCAGCAGCUUGUGGAAACUCACCUGGCUCGUGUGGAAGCCAUGCUGAACGAUCGCCGUCGGAUUGCUCUGGAGAACUACCUGGCUGCCCUGCAGGCUGACCCACCACGGCCCCACCGCAUCCUGCAGGCGCUCAAGCGCUACGUCCGUGCCGAGAACAAGGACCGCCUGCACACCAUCCGCCACUACCAGCACGUCCUGGCAGUUGACCCAGAAAAGGCUGCACAGAUGAAAUCUCAGGUGAUGACACAUCUCCAUGUGAUUGAGGAGCGGAUGAAUCAAAGCUUGUCCCUGCUCUACAAGGUGCCAUAUGUGGCUGAAGAAAUCCAGGAUGAGAUUGAUGAGCUGCUCCAGGAGCAGCGUGCAGACAUGGAUCAGUUCACAUCCUCCAUUUCUGAGUCCCAGGUGGAUGUCAGAGUGAGCUCUGAGGAGAGCGAAGAAAUUCCCCUGGAGGGGAAACCGUUCCGUCCGUUCCAGGUGAAAACCUUCCCAGCCCUGCCUGAAAACGAAGAUCCUCAGCCGGAUUUGUACCAUCCAAUGAAAAAAGGUUCUGGCAUGACCGAGCUGGAUGGGCUGAUUGGGGCUGAAGAAAAAGUGAUUAACAGCAAGAACAAAGUGGAUGAAAAUGUGGUGAUUGAUGAAACUCUUGAUGUGAAGGAGAUGAUCUUCAACGCGGAGCGGGUCGGUGGGCUGGUGGACGAGCCGGACAAUGACAACUCCCUCCGUGAUGACUUCAGUUUCAGCAGCAGUGCCCUCAUUGGGCUCCUGGUGAUUGCUGUUGCCAUAGCUACUGUGAUAGUCAUCAGCUUGGUGAUGCUGAGGAAGAGGCAGUAUGGGACCAUCAGCCAUGGAAUUGUGGAGGUUGACCCGAUGCUCACCCCAGAAGAGCGGCAUCUGAGCAAGAUGCAAAACCAUGGCUAUGAGAACCCCACCUACAAAUACCUGGAGCAGAUGCAGAUAUAAAAAGAGAUGAAGAUACAACAGCCCUGACUGGGAGAGGAGCAGGGCAGAGGGCCAAAGUGGUCCAGUGUUUUGGAUCAACUACUGACCAACAGUUGCUUCAAGAGGACUUCAUCUUACAUUCAGAACUCCUGGAUCAUUAAGACUAUAAUUACUACUGUAGAGUUGCAGUUUCCAUUCUUUUAAAUGGGUGAAGAAAUUAUAAUAUAACAAUAUGAUAUAUAAAUCUCCUUAAAUGGGAAAAAAAAAAAUGGAUCUAUUGCAGAUAUUUGACUGAGAUGUAGUUGGGUUUUUUUGUUUGUUUUUGUUUUGUUUUGUUUUUUAAAUAACCUGAACACCAGUUCCUUUGUCCUGUUGUCUGAUACAAACUCUCUAUAUAUCAAAUGGGAAAUGCUGAUUUUUAUUUCUGGUAGACCACCUGUAUAUUGAGGCUCAUUUGUACCAGCCCACCUUGUGAAAAGGAGACAGUUGUGGCUCUUUCAGUCAUUUUGGCUUUUAUAUCUAAAGCAGUAUUCCUUGUUUUGGUUUGGUUUUUUCCUAUUUUAAAGUGAAUUUCGCUGGGAGUUGCAAAGAGAUUAAUUUAGGGAUAGGAACUACAACAACAUAAGCAAGGAAGCAAUUGGGAAUGGUAACUAACAAAAAUCCUUAGAAUGAGAAAAAAAAGAAAAAAGAAAAAUAACAAAAAAAAAAAGAAAAAUACCCAUCCUCAUAUGCCAGUGAUGUGCAACCUGCUGCUCAGCAGCUUGGGCUCUAGGAAUCAAGACUCCCUGGAGGCAAGGAGUUAAAAGGCUUCUAGCAUCUCUGUUUAUAGUUGUUCUAGUGGAAUGUUAGAACAUGGUUUGUGCAUACUGGGGUCUGCACAUUCCCCUUCCAGAUUCAGUUCUGCUCUAGAGUUGGAAGAUCCUGGUAUUGAAUUUAAAUCCUCCGUUCCGAACUAGUUCCCUUCAGUACUCACCUGGCAUUAACAGCCCCCUCUUGCUACUGCUUUCUAAUUUUCCCCAGCUCUCCUGCCUCACCAACAUGGUAAGUAGUGAAGAGAAGCAGGGUUUGGAGCCUUGGCAUCUCCCUGGGUGCUGCUGGGCUUUGGGCCUCUGCCCAGCAACCACAAAUCACUGCUGGAAUCAGCAUUUGGAGCUGAUGAACGCGGCGUUUGCUGGAGCUGGGGAGAGGAGAGAGGGACACGUUGGGAAGGGGAUGCUGCCUGCUGUGAGGGAAAUUGGAUGCAUAGACCCCCAGAAGAACAGGGGUGUUGUUCCACUCACCAUCAUGUCUUUGUAAUGCUUGUAUAGUUGGUGUUAAUGCUCACGGCUUUUUUAAAUCUGGAGGUUCUGGUAACCUGUGGUGUAUUUUUUCUAUUUUUCCUGUGACUUUUAUUUUUUCUUCCCCUUUUCCGUGUCUCUUCCCACUAUGCACAGAUUUACCUGCAAACUCCUUAGUGUGGUCUGUGGGGAAUGUACAAAGUUUAAACACAUCAAUAAACACUUUAACUUCCA